AAACCAGGACCUUGCUUCCCAAAUAGCCCCCAGAGCGAAAAUCCUGGCCACCUCUAGCAGAGAUGUAUCCCCUAUGAAGAGGAGAAACCAGGACCUUGCUUCCAAAUUAGCCCCCAGAGCGAAAGUCCUGGCCACCUCUAGCAGAGAUGUAUCCCCCAUGAAGGGGAGAAACCAGGACCUUGCUUCCCAAUUAGCCCCCAGAGCGAAAAUCCUGGCCACCUCUAGCAGAGAUGUAUCCCCCAUGAAGGGGAGAAACCAGGACCCUGCCACCCAAAUAGCCCCCAGAGCGAAAAUCCUGGCCACCUCUAGCAGAGAUGUAUCCCCCAUGAAGGGGAGAAACCAGGACCUUGCUUCCCAAUUAGCCCCCAGAGCGAAAGUCCUGGCCACCUCUAGCAGAGAUGUAUCCCCCAUGAAGGGGAGAAACCAGGACCUUGCUUCCCAAUUAUCCCCCAGAGCGAAAGUCCUGGCCACCUCUAGCAGAGAUGUGUCCCCCAUGAAGGGGAGAAACCAGGACUUUGCCACCCAAAUAGCCCCCAGAGCGAAAGUCCUGGCCACCUCUAGCAGAGAUGUAUCCCCCAUGAAGGGGAGAAACCCGGACCUUGCUUCCCAAUUAUCCCCCAGAGCGAAGAUCCUGGCCAUCUCUAGCAGAGAUGUAUCCCCCAUGAAGGGGAGAAACCAGGACCUUGCCACCAAAAUAGCCCCCAGAGCCAACAAGAAAGUGAAAAGAGAUGAAGCCCCAUGAAGGGGAGAAGCCAACAAGAAAGCAAAAGUCACAUAAAAGCGAAAAUCCUGGCCACCUCUAGCAGAGAUGUAUCCCCCAUGAAGGGAGAAACCCGGACCUUGCUUCCCAAUUAUCCCCCAGAGCGAAAAUCCUGGCCACCUCUAGCAGAGAUGUAUCCCCCAUGAAGGGGAGAAACC